CCACCACCACACCUCCUGCCACAUCAUCCUACUCGCAGCCCACCCUAUUCUCGCUUUCAGAUCGACGGCUUGAAUCAAUAAGCAAUUAUGGACAGUUUAUACGGAGCGGUAGGAUCCCUUUCGACCACGCAUAGCUAGCGAUGCGCAGGCAUCCAGGUCCCCCGCCUUAUGGUCCCCGUCGCGCGGGAUCCGGCGCGCCCGCUGGCGCGCACGGCUAUAGUGGCGGACAGGGUUACACUGGCAGAGGCGAAAGUAGCGGUUAUGGCGGACACGGUUACACCGGCGGAGGCUUUAGCGGCGCCAACAGCAGCGGCGGUGGCGCAGCUAGGGGUCCGCGCGGAGGCAAGCCGACGUACGCGCAGCAUCCCUCCGCGCAAGCCCCCGCCGCGCAAGCUCCGCCAGCGGCGCAAGCAGCCCCGCCUCCCCCUCCGCCAACCCCCGUGAACCCCGCCAUUGCGGAGGCUGGCGCGCGAGCUGUGAGGUGGCUAGAGGAGGCAGCUGACGUUGCGUCGCGUGGAACGGCCAGCGCCGAUUCUGGGGCCAGUCAUGUCUCGACAGCUGGCAGCGAUGGUUUUCCCCAGGAGGUGCAACUCAUAAGGCGAGUGGCGUCGCUUCUGCAGCAGUCCCCCAUGGCCCCUCAGCUGCUGGCCGUGGAGCCCACAGCCAGCCGCAUCUGGUCGCUGCUCGAACGACUGCUCGCACACAGGGAUGCCGUCAUCCAAUCAGCAGCAGCGUCUGCCAUCGGCGUUGCAGCCUCUGUCCGCCUCCCUUCCGAAUCAUCCCCUCCGGGCACUGUAGCGCCGCCAGCUGUCGCCGUCUCAUUCGCAGGAGCGGAGCGCCUCUUUGCAUGGGCCAUACCCCAGCUCACAGACCCCAACGCUGACGUGGCAAACACACGCCUCGCCCUGCUGGCAGCUGCUCCCUUCUGCCAGCUGGCACCUGCCGCUUUGUCGCCCGAAGCUGAGCUGAGCUCAGCAGCAGAAGGCAGUGGUGAUUUUGCUGCUUCUGCUGCUGCUGCUGCUGCUGCUGGUGCAGCUAUAAAUGCAGGCACAACUUCAGCAAUAGCAGCGUCAGCAGCAGCAGCAGCGGCAGCAUCAGAGCCAUACGUCGCCAGCUGUGUGCAAGCCUGCCAGGGCCUGCUAGAGGACGAAGGAACGCCGCCCGCUCUCCUCCCGCCCAUCCUCUCCGUCCUCGUCGCUGUCGCCGAGCGCUUUCCCGGAACCUUUCUGCGGCAGUUCGAGGAGGUGAUAGACCUGCUGCUGGGGUGGGCCAUGGAACCGUCAGUUCUGCCGGCUAGCCGGCAGCUUAUCGGCGACUGCUUCCUGCGGUUUGGCCGGCAGUGGCGGGAGAGGGGAGCGUUUUCUCGGAACGUGCUGCUGAAACUGGUAGGGGAUAUAGAGGCAGAGGUUAAAGCAGGAAAAGGGUCUGGUGAUAGCGGUUCCUCUAGUGCUGCUGCUGCUGCUUCUGGUGGUGGUUCUGCUGCUGCUGCUGCUGGCGGGGGUUCUGGUGGUGCUGUUAGUGGUGGUGGCGGGGGUAAGAGCUGGGGAGCAGCAGCAGAAGAGACAGACGCUUCUGACGCUCGCUUGGCCGCGCUGACUUUGUCUUUUAGCGCCGUUCUGGGCGGCGUGACAGGCUGGCGAGGCGUUCCUAGCCUCACAGCACACCUCACGCCAGCAGCUGCCAUGGGGGCUGGCACUGCCACCAGAGGGGAUGCUGUGAGCAUCACCUCUGCUACCAACGCUAGUAGUUCUGGUGGCGUUAUUAGUGCAGUAGGUGGGGAGAUAGGGUCGUCGUGGCAGCACCAAGUGCAAGUGGACAGCCUGUUCCGGCGCUGGCUGGUGCUGCUGAGAGAUCUCCUGCAGGUGGAUAUUCAGGUGGAGGGGGGGGGCGGCAACAGUGCAGGGGAUGGCGGCAAAACAGGGGGUAGUAGCAGAGCAGGAGGGGCGGCAGGAGGAGGAGGAGCAGGAGCAGGAGGGGGAGAAUCAGGAGGGGCGGGGCAGGUGAAGCGGGUGCCUGUGGGCAGAGCGGGUGUGGCACGGGUGGCGUGGGUGGCGGAAUGGUGGGCUGUUCUGCCUGUCUUUGUCUGGGCGCUCUGCAGCAACCACCAGCAGCACUCCCGGAAAGAGGAGGCGCAACAGCAGCAGCAGCAGCAGCAGAAGCUGCCUCCUUUUUCUCCAGUGCAGCAGUUUCUGCGAAGCUUCUACGUGCCAGCUGUCGCUCCUCUCCUCAACGCCCUCGCCAGCACGCGUCUCUUCCCGCCGCCCGCCCUGGCCGCCGUGCUGCGCUGCCACCUGGCAGCGCUUGAUUCGCUGCGAGCGCUCUGUGUGACUGAGCAGCAGGCGCGACUGGGGGAGGUAGCAUCUGUCUGCCCCAAAGCUGGGGGAAAAGAGCAGCAGCAGCAGGAGGAGAAGGGGGAGGAGGAGGAGGGGCAAGCACAGCAGCAGCAGCUGCAGAAAGGCCGGGAAGGGGAGGAGUUUGGGGAGGAGACGGAAGUAGGAGGGGAUGCGAAACGCUUUGGUCGUGCGAAGCUGUGCCCCUCAGAUGACCCCCUCGCUGCAGCCUUCUCGUCGCUGCUCUUCGCCCGCCCCUACGCCCCCCUCCCUCUCCUCCGCCUGCACCCCCACCCUGCCGUUGCCUCCGCUGCUUCCGAAUCCAUCCUCGCCCUCCUCUCCUUCCCUCCUCUCACCCCCACAUUCUCCCCUUCUCACUCACCUCUCCUCACCUCGUCCCUCUCGCACUCACAGUUACCAGCUUCCAAGGCUCUGCAGGAUCCCCCCUGUUCUCCCUCUACUUUGGCCGUCCCCCCCUCCUCCUCCCCACCCUCCUCCUCCUCCGCCUCCUCCUCCGCCUCCCUAUCCGUGCCUCUCUCCUUCCUCCUCGCAGAAAUGCGUGACUGUUACCGCUGCGCUGCUCCCAGCAGACACGGUAGCAGGACUGGUAGCCAGGCUGUUGGUGGGGCUGGUGGGGUUGGUGCGGAGGAGGCAGGAGAGCGGAAAAGGAAGAGGAGAAGGAGAGCGGUGCGCUCGGGCUGCUCCCAUCUCUUUGGAGGCGAUUUGGAGUUGGAAAGGUGGUGCACGCAGUAUGGCGCUGACCUCUCGCCGUCUGCUGACGUGGCGGAGUGGGAUUGGGCGCCUGAGGAAGCAGAAUCUCUCCUGCGAUUCGACCUGGUGGCUCUCUCCUCGGGAGUAAUCCAAGGAGCACUGCUGUGCAGGGACACCUUACAGGCAACAGCAGCAACAGCGGCAGCAGGAGCAGCAAUAGGAGCAGCAGCAACAGAGGUAACAGCAGCAGCAGCAGGGGCACCGGAAGCUCAUGUGAUUAUUCCAUCAGCAGCAGGCCACAUGGGUGCAUGUCUCUCCUCACUGCUGCAUGCCUUGGUCUCUGACUACCGCCGCUGGAACCACCACCUCUGGCCACUCCCGCGCUGCCAGGUGGCGGCGUUUCACGGGCUGCGAGAGGCCUCUCAGGCAUCGUUCCGUGCUGACCACCUUCUGUUAGGCUCUGGUGGUCUCAGUAAAAUCACGCCCGUUAUUGUCACCACCGCUAGUGCUGCAAACACCUGCGCAUGUGAUGUCCCAGGUGCUCUGGUUACUGCUGGCGCCGCUGCUGUUGCUGCUGCUGCUUCUGCUGCUCUAGAAUCGAAGGCUAAGAGCAGAAACGCUGCUAAGAACGUCACCAGGUAUACCUCCGCAGCAGCGCGUGUGCUCGCUGAGCUGGCACUUGGCUGGCGUGAUGUGGCGUGGGCUUUGCAGGAGGGGGAUGCCUGUGCUGGUCUGAAGCUGGAGGCUCUGGCAUGGAUCCGACAGAUGGCUGAGUCAGCAAUGGCCGAGUCAGCAGCAACAGAGGCAGCAGUCACUCUGUCACCGCCCCUCACCAUCAUCCCCCCAUUCCUCCCCACCAUCCCUCCUCGCCUCCUCCUCUCCCUCUCCGCUUCCCUCCUCCACCCCUCUCCCUCCAUCCGCCUGGCAGCAGCUGACAGCUUGUCGCUUCUCGCAGCCACAGGAGCGCUCUCCGGCCGGCAAGCCUUGUCCGUAGCGCAAGUGGCGCUGUUCCAGGCAACUGGCGAUCCAAGCGCUGCCGUCCGCAACACUAUGCAGGAGUUGAUUCAGAGGGCGCUGCUCUCUGCUGCCGUCUCUCCAACCAUCCCUCGCCCUCUCUCUCCUGCUCCUCUUCCCUCCUCUUCUCUUCUCCCUUCUCUUGCUUCUUCUUCGCUUGAUUUUUACCCACCUGAAUUUCUCCCAAGGCCUGCUUCAGGUGAUUUUUGGCUCCUGAGGGCAGCAGCUUCAGGUGAAUUGCCAGGUCACCUGGCGUCAGCGACAGUUGAUUUGCCUCUCAAGCCACAUCAGCUGGUGGCGAUUCUCAACCUGCUCUCCCGCAAGCAGUCCACGUCAGCACCGCCGCCGCAUCCUGAUUGGCUGCUGCGGAUCCUGCUCACUCUCCCAUCUCCUCCCUCGACUUCCUCUCUCCCCUCUCCGCCCCCUCUCCCUCAACAUGCCCCCACGUCUUCCCAAGCCACCUGGCGCCAGCUGGCGGCGGUGAACGGCGAGGUGGCGCUGAGGUGGCUGGUCCAGCUGGCGGCGCGGCAGUGCAUGUGUGGGCGGCUGCGCACGCACCACGGGGGGGCGUCCGCCACGUUUGCUGCCUUUGAGAGGACCCUCUCUGACGCCACCCGUCCCACUCUGGCUCGCCUGCCUCUGCUGCCCAAAGGGGUGGUGGUUGCAGCGGGGAAAGGGGGGAUGGGAGAGGGGAAAGUAGUGGCUUUUUCAGCUAUGGGCCGGACUGGUUCAGCAGGUUCGGACGGUGCAGGUUCGGCAGGUGGUGGUGUAGCAGGGCCGGCAGCAGGUGCAGUAAUGGUAGCUGGAAAUGCACUUGGAGGUGGAUAUGGUGGUGGUGGUGGUGCUGCUGCUGCUGCUACUGCCGCUCCUCUAUCCUCAGCCUCAUCCUCUCCCUCUCUCUCCCCUUUCCCAGCGCCCUCUCUCUCGCCUUUCCCAGCGCCCCCUCUCUCGCCUUUCCCAGCGCCCUCUCUCUCGCCUUUCCCAGCGCCCUCUCUCUCGCCUUUGCCAGCGCCCUCUCUCUCGCCUUUCCCAGCGCCCUCUCUCUCGCCUUUCCCAGCGCCCUCUCUCUCCUCCUUCCCAGCCCCCUCCACCUCCACUUUCACCCUCCUCUCCUCCUCCUUCUCCUCCCCUUCCCUCCACACCUCCUCCUCUCCCCCUCCCCCGUCCCACUCCCUCCCACCCCCUCCCCCUCCCCUCUGCACCGGUGCUGAGCUGGCACUACCCCCUGAUGCGCCACGUCAGCACGAGCUGGCGCUGACCUCGCUCCUCGAUUUCAUGGAAGCCUUGGAACGCCAGGUCCAGUCAGCAACAGAAGGAAAUUCCUUCAUCCCUCCCCCAUCCAACCCUAACAGCCUCGGGUUUUUCCGCGCCAACAGGCGGGUGUGUGAGGAGUGGUUCGGGCGGUUCCGGGAGGGGCUGGUGCACCUGGCUAUGGGGGUGGGGAGGGAUGCAGCUGUGGUGUUCCAUGCUGGGAGGAGGUUAGGGGAGCUGAAGUGUCCUAUGGAUGUGAGGGAGUGGGAGUGGGAGGAAGGGGGGGAGGGGGAGUGUGGGGAUGAGGAAAGGGGGAUUGGGCUUGUGGGUGGGGAUGGUCGGAAGGUGGUAGGACAGCAGCAGCAGCAGCACUUGCACACGAAGCGGCAGGAGCAGAAUAAGAACCAGCGGCAGCAACUGCUGCAGCAAUUGCAGCAGCAGCAAGGGUGGGCCAGCUCAGCGACAGAUGUCGCUCACGCGGUGCGCCACCUGGCGUCUGGUCUGUGCCAGUCGCGCAAUCCAGAUGCGAUCGCUGGGCUAAGGGAAUGGCUGCAGCUGCUAGUGCAGUCGCUGCUCCCGCCUGCUCCGUCUGCUGUGAGAGGCUCAGCAGCAGCAGCAGCAGCAGCAGCAGCAGCAGCAGCAGCAGGCAUGGCAGGGACGGCAACAGCCACAGCAGCAGCGGAGCUUCUACAGAAACACGUGUGGCUCUUAAAGGGGAUGGAGUUGGAGGCAGAGGGGAGGUUCGAGGAAGCUGCUGGGCAUUACAGAGGGGUGGUGGAGGCAGGAAGGGCUGGUGCUGAUGAUGAUGAUUAUGAUUCAGGAAGGAAGGAGAAGGGGGGGAUGGAGAGAAGUGGGGUGGAGCAGAUGGGGGGUUGGGGAGCAGUCGAAGGGGAGACAUUGGGAGGGGGGAAGGGAGAGGGAGAGGGAGAGGGAGAGGGAUCUCUCAUUGCUGCGCGAUUGAUUGAUGUGUACAGCGCUGUUGGGGAUUUUGAGCAGCUGCAGGCGUUUGUCAAGGCCAAUCCUCUCAGCCAAUCAGCUGCAGCUGCCACGUCAGCAUGCCUUCACUUCCAGCAAGACCUGUCAUCGGCUCUCUCCCUCGCAUCCUUCGACCCGCUUCUCCUCACCCCCACGGGCCCCACCCCUUCCAAAGACCCUCUUGCUCUAAGCACAGGGCUGGACGCACAGCCCCAAAGCACAGAGCCCCGACAAGAGGAGCACCGAGUCCCGCUGUUGCUGCCGCUGCUGCGUGCGCCUGUCAGAUCCCUGGAUGCAUCCUCAGCCAUUAGAUUCGCACGGCACAAUGCGAUCGCCGCCAUGCUGCAUGUGCGCCGGAUGGCAUCGGUAUCAGAAUCAACACCAUCGUCUCUAGCAGCCGCAGCAGGAGCAGUAGUGGCGCCAGCAGUGGCAUCAUCAGCACUGGUGCCAGCAGCAGCAGCAGCAGCAGCAGCGGCAGCAGCAGCAGCAGCGGCAGCAGCGGUUGGCUCAACAGGAACAGUAUCAGUGGGAGGAGCCGCGAACCCCAAGGAACCUUCCCUGAAGCUGCUUCUGGAUGGGCUAGAUGCUGCCAGGUCAGCACUGGGUCGGCCGCUGCUGUCUCUUUCUGCAGAGGGCUACCCCAUGAACCCAGCAGCAGCCAUGCCUCUGGCUCUAGCAGGAGCGGAGUGUGACAUAUUGCAAGAAGCCAUGGAGCAUAGGGAGAGUCAGAGUGAGCAGAAUUCCACCACAGUGGGUCUCAGUGGGAUGAGAGGAAAGGGCUCCUUCACCGCUGGAAGCCUAGCCAGCCUGCUUUGGGGCUCAUGCUGUGCUGCUUCCGCUGGUUCCGCUGGGGCUUUAAGCCAUGGGGAUUCCCGUGGUGCGGCUGACACCUGUCAUGACGCCACAGGUCCGUUCCUCUGGGACCAGCCCUCUUGGCUUGGAGUGCUCCGAGCCUGCCACGUUGCCCAGCCACGGCGUGCCGAACCUGCUUCCUUGCUUCGGCUGCAACUGGCUCGGCAGGCCAGGCUCAAUGGGAACCUGCGGCUGGCAAACCGGUUGCUGUCUGGUGUGGUUGGGGCUCCUGGCGAGCAGCAGGUUCGGCAAGAGGCACUCUCAGCUCCAAGCCUACAUGUGAGGCUCGGCGACGUUGAACCCUCAAGCGCUGGGUUGGAGGUUCGGAAGCAGCUUAGGGCAUGGAAGCAGAUGCAGGUGUGGAAAGAGAUGGAGGUGGGUGAGGUGGCAUAUGCUGAUGGGCGGUACCUGGAUGCAGUCAAAGGGCUGUGGUCCGUGUGUGGUCCGGCUGUGGUUGGCCUGCCAUCUGUAGCAGCAUAUGCAGCAGCCGGUACGGGCGUAUCUUCAGCAGCACCAUCCCCACCAACAGUUCUAGCAGCGUCAGCAUCAGCAUCAGUGCAUCUUUCUCCUCACAGCAGUCCUCUCACCGCCCAUGCUUGCCUCAAGCUCGCCAGCUGGCUGCUCCCCAUUGGCUCCAGCAGCCAUGGGGGUGGGGGCGCUGUAGGAAAAGGACAGCUGGCAGGCACCGAUUGGCUCCUGGCAAGCACAGCACAUGGGUCGUCUUUGGUUCUGCCACCUCCGUUAGUGUCACAGGGGGUAAUGUCACAGAAACAUGCUGCAUCCAUGGCUGCAGGAUCUCCGGUCAGAGAGGCAAUCCAAGCCGUCCAUUCCAUCCAACCAGAUCAGAUGCUGGAAUCAAAUCCAGCUGCCAAGUCUGAUUCUGCCGGCCGAUUCUAUCCUACGGCGCAACCUAACCAUGCGAAGCUGGGCCCGUUGUCUGUAGCAGGGGCGGCUGUAUGGGGGGCGGUGCGAGCAUGCAGCCACAUGCCGCAAUCCUGGCUGGCAUACGCCCAGUGGCUGGACUGCCUGGCCGACACAUGCAUGAACCGCUAUGCUGGCAUGCUCGGUGCUGACGUGGCACAAGGCGAUGGUGCCACGUCAGACCGGACAACUGCGGCAGCUGGUGGUGGUGCAGGAGGGGAGGAAAAGAUGGAAGUUCCAGAGGAGACGGAGCAGGUGCAGGAUUUGGUAGCGGCGUUGCCUGCUUCACUGGAUGAUGAUGAUUAUGGUGUCGAUGGUGGUGGUGCGGCUGGCAUGGGUGCGUCGAUUCUCGGACAAGGCUCUGUCUCCCCACCGUCUUUCCAUCUGCCUGACACGCUCUCCCUCUCCCCUACACUCUCUCCUCUAGUGGCUGGUUUUGGUGCGGCACCUUCUGAUGCAACUGCCACAGCUAGUGCUGUUACUGGUUCAACUGCUGCUGCCCGAACAGCUGCUGCUGCUAGUGAAGGUGUGCCCGCUACUCGUGAAGCAUUUCCUUCCCUUGUUCGGUUCGUGGAGGGUGAGAGGGAGGCAGUGCUGUGUGCAGUUAGUGACCUUCUGAAGAACUUGCAUCCAGCCAUUCCUGAUGCUGCCGCUGCAUCUGUUGCCAACGAGGCAGCAGAAACGGUAGCAGAAGAAGGAGCACAAGUCUCCGCGCUGCCAGCUGCCCAAUCCCUGGCUGCCAGCUGUCUCGCCCUCAUGGAGCGAUUCCUCCUGCUCUCACACCCUCCAGCCCUUCCCUCCCACACUCCCUCCCCUCUCUCCGUCUCGCCCUCUUGUUUCGAAGUCCCGGGACAUGGGUUGAGUCUUUCCGGGGAGUGCGGAAGGCAUGCAGCUUCAGAUGUGCUGUGCGUGGGUGGUGUGUCGGGGGCGAGCGAUCAGGUGGAGGAGUGCUUGCGGCUGGAGCUGACUGCAGAGCUGACUCAACAGCUGAUGGGCAUGGUGGGAGGAAAGAACCUCAGUUAUUCUGGUCCGGACGAUAGUGGGGAUGCUGGUGCUCAUGGUGGUGCUGGCGCUGCUGCUGCUGCUGCUGCUGCUUUUGUGGCGGCAGCACCAGUAGCACCAGCAGCUGUAGCAGCAACGGUGCAUCAGCUACUUGCCAGCUGGCGCGCCGCCCGUUUCCGAGCGCUGUCUAUGCGACACCUGGCAGCCCGCGCCUACGUGCGCUUCCUGCAACUGGCUGGGGCGUGCUGGAGGGGAGGAGGGGGAGGAGAGAAUGGCGGGGGGCGUGGAGAUAGUGAAAGCGACGCGGGAGGAAUCAUGGUGAAGGAAGGGAGGGAGCAGAGGAGGCAGCAGAGGGGGAAAGCAGGGGCUAACAAGGGGGGAGGGCGCAGUGGUGAAUGUGAGGGGGACGGGGGGACGAGUACCAGGGGCAGGAAAAGGAGCAAGGGGAGCGAGAGUGGUGUGAGGGAGGGGUUGCAAGGGGUGGGUGAGGAGCAGAGUGGGCGGGAGGAGAUGGAGGAUGGUGGUUCCUGUGGGGCUAUGGCUGGUGGGGCUGCCACGCUGACAUGUGUCGCAAUGCGAGUGGUUGAGAUUCUGAUGCAGCAUGGGUCGCACAUGGCGCCUGUGAUUGCUGCUCCCAUGGAUGUCGGCUGCACGCAUGCCUGGCAGUCCAUUCUCCCUCAGCUGCUAGCAGCAGUGGCAGCCCAGCGCAGCACAGCAGUGAGGCUGCAGCUGACACGUGUCCUCCUCUCACUGGCUGCCACUUCUCCAGCCCUCCUGGUGUACCCCCUGUGUGCCUUUGAGAAGCACCACCUGCAGCAGCUCAGCCUCGCUCUCACCUCCCUUCCUCCUCCUCCUCCUCCUGCUCCUGCUCCUGCUCCUGCUCCUGCUCCUGCUUCUCCUCCUCCUCCCUCUGUCCUCCCCAACUCUACAACUGACGGUUCUGCCGGUUUGGCUGGUUCCGCUUGUGAUUCUGCUGCAUCAGUUGCUGCUGAUGAUGUGGCAGCUGACCUGGCAUGGCACAUGGCGUUAUCUCAAGCAACGCCGGGGUGGCCUCAGCUUCGAGCCACUCUCACCUCCCUGGAGAAGCACCAUCCAGCCAUGGUGACAUCAGCGCGCUCGCUGCUGACGUCAGCAGACAGAUUGGCAGUUUUACCAGAGGAGCGGCUGCUGUCCUCCCUGCAGUCUUGCCUCUCCCUCCUCCACCGCUCCCUCUCCUCCCUCCUCCUCUCCACCCGCCACCAACUCACUGCUGCUGCUGCUGCUGCUGCUGCUGCUUCUGCUGCUGCUGCCAACCUUGCUGCUGCUGGCACCGCUGCUGGCUCCUCUUCCUCGUCUUUCACAGAACCUGAUGCUGCUGCUGCUGCUGCUGUUGCUGCUGGGGGUGCUGGUGUUGCUGCUUUGGCUGGCUCUCCUCUUAAAGCAGCAGCAGCUCUGGGGGAGGAGGGAGGAGCAGGGGGAGUGGAGGAGCAGCGUGGGGAGGGGAUGGGGAUGGAGGGGGAGAGAGAGGGGGAUGCAGGGGUGGGCGGAGGGGAGAGGGAGAGGGAGGAGCUAGCGCAGGAUGACAACGAUGAUGACGAUGGCAGGGGGGUGGUGGAUCCGGGGAUGCCUGCUGCUCUGCUAGAUAACGACGUUGUUGCUGCUGCUGCUGCUGCGUCUGAUGGUGUUGGGCCUGUGGCAUCUGUGACUGCAUCAGCUUGUGCUCAUGUGUCAGCCGCUGUCUCUGCAAGCUCAGCUGCCCCUGCUAUCUCUGCUGUCACUACUGCUGCUGCAAGCACGCUGGUCGGCAGCAGUGCACUACUGGUGUCAUCUGUUCUUAGAGAGGAGGAGGUGCGAGCUGCUUUCCAGAUCAAGUACCGGGAGAUAGUGGCAGGGGUGGUGACGCGCCUGCAAGGAAUUCUCCAGAUUUGGGAUGCUGAUGCGGCUGCUGCUGGCGACGCUGGGAUUUUUGCUGGCGCUGCUGCUGGUGCUGCUGCUGGCGCUGCUGCUGGUGCUGCUGCUGGUGCCGCUGCUGGUGCUGGUGCAGCUGGUGCAGCAGCAGCAGAAGCUCAACUCACCAUCAGCAAUCCCAUGUCUCCCCUCACUGCCUACCUCUCCCCUCGGGAACUCCAUCUGCGUCCAAGGCUCCGCCCUCUCAUUGCUGCGGCUGUAGCGGCGCUACAGUCGCCGCCCACUGACGUCAGCAGCAGUGCACUACGAGACAAAUGCCGCCCUCUGGAGGCGGCUGUAGCGGCGCUGCAGCGGGAGCAGAGUCGGUACCUCUUGCUGCCAGAUGUCGCACCGGGAUUCGCCGCUUUUAAGAACACUGCUGCCCCUGUACCUGGGUGCAUGUCUAGCCCCGUUACAAGCAGUUUCGUUACAGGGAAUAGUGAGUCAGGGGUUCAGCUUGAUCUGGAUUCGUGUGCUUAUAACGAAGGGCUAGUGACUAUUGCUCGUGUGAGGGAGAAGGUCGAGGUUCUGAGCACCAAGACCCGCCCGAAGCGCAUCGUGAUCGUCGGAUCCGACGGCCAGGAGCGCAGCUUCCUGAUCAAAGGGCGGGAGGACCUCCGAUUGGACGCUCGGAUCUCGCAGCUCUUCCAAGCAGCCAAUGAGCUGAUGCGGAGCCACGGGCCAGCCAGGAAGCGCCAGCUGGCAGUGCGGCAUUACGAGGUGGUGGCGGCGGGAUGCCAGUCGGGGAUGAUCCAAUGGCUGGAUGGGCUGCACAGCCUGUACUCGCUGUACAAGGCCUGGCAGUCCAGACAGGCAGCUGCUGCCACCGCUGCCACUGCUGCUGCUGCGGGGGCUGGGGUUGCUGGGGCUAGUGCUGGUGCUGCAGGUGGUGGUGUUGGAGGAAAAGGCACAGCAGCAUCUGCAUCAUCAUCAUCAUCAUCAGCAGCAGCAGCAGCAGCAGUGCCAGCAGCUGUGCAGCGACCCACAGAGAUGUUCUUUGCCAAGGUGGCAGCUGCGCUGCAGGCCCGGGGGAUGAGCCGUGCCACGCCGCGUGCUGAUUGGCCCGCAGAGGUGAAGCGCUGCGUGUUUGAUGAGCUGGCAGGGGAGGUGCCACGUCAGCUGCUGGCUAAGGAGAUGUGGAGCUCGAGUGCAGGCUCCGAGGGGUGGUGGGCAAAGCAGCAACGCUACAUCGCCUCAACAGCCGUGACCAGCACGGCGGGCUACAUCCUCGGCAUCGGAGACCGGCACCUCGACAACAUCCUAUGGGACCUUUCCUCCCCCCCCUCCUCCACCUCUGGGACAACAUCCCCGUCUCUCUCCGGCUCCGUGGUGCACAUAGACUUCACCGUCGCCUUUGAUCGCGGCCGCCAGCUCAAGGUGCCAGAGAUCGUGCCCUUCCGCCUCACCACCCUCGUGCGCGGGGGCAUGGGGCUACCCGGUGCCCUCGCGCCGUCCGGGCCCUUUGCCUCUGCGGCGGUGGCGGCGCUGGAUGCCAUGGGCGGGGGCCUGAUGAAGGGGGGCGAGUGGGGGAAGGUUGGGGGCGAGUGGGGAGGCCAGGAAAAGAGGAAGGUGGUUUCUAGUGCUCGUGGCGCUGCUGCUGGUAAUGGUGGUGCUGCUGGUGGUCCUUAUGGUGGUGGCGCCACCACAGGAGGUGGGUCGCUGGUGCCUGUACUGAUGUCUGCUUUUCUGUGGGACCCUCUGGAUGAGUGGGGCGGCCCCCUUGCCCCCGCUGCUGCUGCACUGACUGCCGCUCCCAACCCUGCUGCUGCUCCUGUUGCUCCUGCUCUAGUUGCUACUCCUCCUGCCUCUGCUACUCCUAGUCCUGCAGCUUCUGCUUCUGCUUCUGCCACUGCUCCUGCUGCUGCUGCCACUGCACGUGCUGCUGCUCGGACUGCUCAUGCUGCUGCUACCGCUGCUCCCACUGCUCCAGCUGCUGCUGCUGCGCCUGACGCCCCACCAGCAACAGCUGCAGCCGUGCCUCCUGCUCCUCCCCUGGCCAGAACCAAGCCCGAGGCUGCACCUCGCCCUGUACUCCCAGGCGUUAUCUGGGACGGGUCUCUACUGCCGUGGGAGGCGGAGGUGGUCACAGGGGCAGCCAGGCUCGCGGAAGGGGGGAGGCGGAUCGGAGGAGGGGGGCGGAGCAGAGCCAGCAGAGUGAGCGCAAGGGCUGCAGAGUGUGGCAGUGACCGGGGUGACAGGUGUGCAGUGGAGGCUACUGAUGAGUCCAUGCAGUUGUCUCACUACAACUUGUCUAGUGGCAGUGGCAGGGUGUUGCCUAUCAGGCGUGCGGUGGAGGCCAUCCUUGGUGCGGCCAUGGCGCUCCAUGGCUUGACUCACCCUUCCACCAGCACCUACCUCCUGACUCUAGCUCUCAGCCUAUCAAAUGCUGCCAAGUCAGCUGCGUCUUCUAUUCAGCACCUUAUCGACACGUCAGAGUCCCAGAACCAGGCUCGCUCCGACCUCCUGGCCGCACAGGAAGCCUCCAAAAAGCUUCUCACAGAAGAGGAAGCUUCCAGGCUCGCGCUGCGGGCAGCAAUGGAGGCUCUCUGUCGCCUUGGCGACCAGCAUCAGGGGAAGGCUCGGCGCGCCGAAGCUAAGGCCUCAGCAGCCAUGGAUGCAGUGGGCGAGGCUCGGCGCUGGCUGGACGACAAGCGGGCGGCGCUUGCUGAGCUGGCACCGUCGUUGCCGCCAGCUGUCAGUGCCGUCCUUGGUGUUUCUGAGUCUCCUCAGAGGGCGGAGAGUGCCCGUGGUGGUGGUUGGCGGAUGGGGGAGGAUGUGAGGCAGUGGGCUGCAGUUGCACUGGGCACCAUGGCAUGGCAGGACGGCUCUGCUGAUCGCACCCUGCCCUCCCUCCUCUCAUCACCAUCAUCCCCAUCCCCAUCACCAUCCCCAUUACUUUUGCUGACAUCACCUCCAACUGCCAACCCACUUUCUCUUCUGGGCAUUGCAACCAACACCUCAUCCUCCUCCUCCUCCUCCUCCUCUGCUCCUCCUCACCUGCAGCACCCGCAGCACCCGCAGCAACCACAGCAGCAGCCAACUGCACUUCCCCUCACAGUCAUCCCAGAGGCCCUUCGCGCCAGCUGUCGCCAGCUGGACCUCCACGUCUGCCAGCUGGCAGCCGCCCGCUGCCGCGCCGUGCUGCGAUUGGCCGGCUCGCUGAGGGCCUAUGGGGAGGCAGCGGUGAUGGCAGGCGGGAUGGGGUCGAAGGCAGGGAGGCGGGGUGGGCCGGGGAAGCCAUCAGGGCCGGCCAUCAACACCACAGCGAGCGUCAAUACUUACCUGAGCACCACAGCGAGCAUUAACAAUUACCUAAGCACCAGUGCAGUGAGCCGGUGGGCACGGGCAUUGGAAGCCACGGUGACAGCAGCAGGGCUGCAGGCGCUGCCAGAGGGGGUGGGGGAGGGGGAGAUGAGGGAAGAGUCAAAGGCAGCGAGAGGGGCGUUGGAUGAGAUGGGUAGAGUGGAUAGGGGGGUGGGGGGAGGGAGGCGAGUGUGGGCGAUGGAAGGAGGAGGAAGAGAAGGGAUGUUAGAGAGCCACGGCAGUAGCAGUAGCAGUAGCAGCAGUGGCGGUGGUGAGAAGCAGUUGAUAGAACGAUGGCAGGUGCUGGUGAAAGCAGUAGCGGAGUCUUUGAAGGCGGUGGACGGGGAGAGGAGAGGCGAGCAAGGGAACGAGGCAGGGGGCGAGGCAGGGGAGGAGGAAGGGGAGAAGGAGGGGGGCAGCAAGCAGAAGAAGAAGGAAGGGAUUGAGGAGCGGCGCAAGGGAGUGUUGCGGGAGAUUGAGGGUGUGCUAAGAGGAGUGGGCAGGGGAAUGAGCAGCCCGAGUUCUGUGCAUGCGCUGGUGAAGGCUGUUGGGCUCGCAGCAGCAGCAGCAGCUUCAGGUGCAGAUGCUGCUGGUGCUUCCAGUGAGGGAGCCCAUUUUGAGGAGGAGAAAUUAGAGGGAGCACGGGAGGAAGCACGGCUGGAGCACAGACUCGAGUUUGGGCCCGCCCUGGCCUCUCUGCUGACUCAGCUGACAGCUGGCGACUUGACAACAAGGCAGUCUGACUCAGCUGACAGCGUGUCAAGCAGAGGCCUGGAUGAACCAGCCGCAGCUGCAAGCUGCCAUGCCACUGCAGAGGGAGAGGCGACUCUGCCUGCUGUAAGGGAGAGGGAAGAAUCCAUGCCUUCUGUUCCAACCCCCCUCAUCGCUUCCCUAGUGCCUCCUCUUCCUGUUUCUAUUACCGUUGCUGCCUCCUCUGCGUCCUCCCCCUUGCCCUCCCCCCCCUCCACCCCUCCUGCGCGGUUGCCUUCACGCCCCCCGCUCUCUCAAGACAAUGUUGAUGAUGACGCUAAUGCUUCUCCUGAUGCUACUGGCAAUGCUACUGCUGAUGCUGAUGCUGAUGCUGAUGCUGCUGCGGAUACUGAUCCUGGUGCUGGUGCUGAUGCUGAUGCUGAUGCUGGUGCUGAUGCUGGUGCUGAUGCUGGUGCUGAUGCUGAUGCUGGUGCUAAUGCUGGUGCUGAUGCUGGUGCUGAUGCUGGUGCUGAUGCUGGUGCUGAUGCUGGUGCUGGUGCUGAUGCUGAUGCUGAUGCUGGUGCUGAUGCUGAUGCUGGUGCUGAUGCUGGUGCUGAUGCUGGUGCUGAUGCUGGUGCUGAUGCUGAUGCUGGUGCUAAUGCUGGUGCUGAUGCUGGUGCUGAUGCUGGUGCUGAUGCUGGUGCUGAUGCUGAUGUUGAUGUUGAUGCUGCUCCGGACGCUACUCCAACGGCUACUGCUGCUGCUAACUCUGCUUCAGCUGCUGCUGCCAAGCCUGCUGUCCCUUCCAACAGCAUCCAGCAGCAGCCUGCCCCAAAGAUUCCCCUCAAUACUUUCCACAGGUGCAUGCAAGCUGCCUUGACCGCUCUUCAUGCGACUGACUCCCUCUCCUCCCGCCACCGCCACCACCUGCUGCCAAAGGUUGUUUCAAGCCUGUUCAUCGAAGAUAAGGUCUCUUCUGGCCAGGCGUUUUCUUCCCCGCUAGUGGCCCAGUUCCUGGAAGCUUCUGACAGGGUGGAGUGCCUGGUGCAGGGAAGUAUGACUUUGGUUGAACGUGACAAAAGAGACGGUGAUAGUAUGGGGGGAGGGGAAAGCCACUGUGGCAGUGCGAAUGGUGGCAUUGCAGGCCGUGGGUGCUCUGCCAGUGACCCACGGCUGCUGGCUGUUCUGGAGGAGGAGGAGAGGACGGUUGAAGGGCUCUUGGGUUCACUUGCUGCUUGUGGUACUGGUGGUAGUGCUGGUGCUGAUGUUAGUGUGAGUGAUGCUGCUGCUGCAGCGGAUGCUGAGGACCAGGGAGAUACGGAGAGGAUGGAGCAGCCACUUGCGCUCUCCUCUCCUGCUCUCCCACAUCAACAGCACCCUCCCUCUCCCUCCCCCUCUCCCUCCCCCUCGCCCACCUCCUCCCCUUUUCUCCGCCUCGCAUCCUCUCUCCCCUCCACACCGUCCAAGUCGCCCAGCGCACUCUCUCCCCUCCCUGCUCCCUUCAUCCCCUCCGCUGCCUCCACGCUCUCAUCGCUCUCCUCCUCUCUCUCGCCUUCCUCCUCUCCCUCCCCCUCGCCGCCGCCCAAGCCCAAGUUCCAGCUGGCAGACACUGUUCACGCCGCCCCGUUCGUGCCGAGACAGGCAAUGGUGCACCAAGCGACCUCCUUCUCUCCGUCUCUUGCUGCUGGGGCUGCUGCUGGGCCUGCUGGUGCUGCGCCCGUUGCUCCCCCUGCUAUGCCUUCCCUCUCUAGCUCCUCAGCGUCCGCAGCAGCAGCUGUUGCCGCAGCCAAGGCUGCGUCAGCCAAAGCAGCUGCCCUUGUUGCAGCAGCAGCUGCUGCUUCUGCUGCUGCUGCUUCCACUGCCCGUGCUGCAGCAUGUGCUACGUCUGACCCUGCAGCAGCAUCACCAUCCCCAUCAGCAACACAGGGAGAGGCAGCAGCUGCGGCAGCGGCAGCAGCAGCCGCGCUAUCUGGCGUUCCUCUUUCUCCCUCACAACGGCCCAGCCUGCCUGCUCUUCCACCACCCUCCUCCUCUCACGCCAUCUCUCCUCUUGUCCGCCUCUACCAAUCGUUUGACUCUCUCUCUGCUGCACACGUCUCCCUCAUAUCCCUGCUCCCAGCGUCCGUUAUCUCUGCUGCCACCGGUGCCCCACCUGCUCCUAUCGCCUCAGCUUCCUCCCAUCUGCCUGCUGCUGACGGGCUGACUGGGGGUCGUUCUUCCACUGCUGACUCUCCCGAAGUCAAGGCAGGGAGAACAACCUCCUCUCCACGCUAUCCCACUCUGCUCCACCUGCCGCUUUCGGCUCGUCUGUUUGUGGUGCGGGUGCAACUGGUGGCGGCAGUGCUGCGCGCCUGUCUGGCCGAGGUCGAAGCAGCAGGGGCAGGGGACAUUGCAGUGGAGAGGCACGGGGAAGCAGAAGAAGCUGCUGCUCGUAAGGCUGCUGCUAAUGAGUCUGCUACUUGUGAGGAUGCUGCUGGUGAGGCUGCUGCUAAUGCAAAGCCUGGAGUCGUGUUCACUAGUAGUGGGGAGGCGAAGACAGAGAGGCAAGCAACAAGGCAGGAAGACAGACAUGCCCUGCUGCUGAACAAGCUCCACGUGUUGGCCUCUGAUUGGCGGCAGAGUUACACCAGCGAGUGUUUGAGGCCCCUGGUGGAGUGUCUCUUCAGGCAGUUCCUGCACCCUGCCAAUCUGGCUGCUGCACUUGGUGUGGUGUCUGCUGCUUCUGCUGUGUCUGGCGCUGCUGCUGCUGUGUCUGAGGAUGCUACUGGAGGGGAUGUAGCAGCCACUGGUGCGGCUGCUGCAAGUGGUGCUACCAACGCUGGUGGCGCUGGUGAUGCUGUCGCUGGUGAUACUGCUGAGGCUGGUACUGCUGGCUCUGCUGCUCCUGGUGCUGAGCACGUGGACAAGCAAGUGCUGCAGCUCUCGUCUCUCAUUGGUCAGUUCUGCCAUGCUGAGGUCAGCAGGUGUUUUGCUAGAGACAGCAAGCGGCGUUCAGCUACCCCCACCAUACCCAAGCCAUCCCCAUCCACGCAUGCUGCACACGUGGCAGCCCUUGCUGCGGCACGUGCCGAGCUGGCGGCCUUUGACUGGCUGCACGAACCUCAGCUGCCGCCUGGCACUAUGACACCUGUUGCUGUGACACCUGGCACUGUGACACCUGGCACUGUGGCACCUGGCACCAUGACACCUGGCACCAUGACACCUGGCACUGUGACACCUGGCACUGUGACACCUGGCACUGUGACACCUGUCGUCGCUGUUCCUGUAGCCCUGGAAACAAGCUCUGGUGACGCCGCUCAUAGUGUUGUUGAAGUUGAUGGCGUAGCAGGGGAGAAGCAGCAGCAGUCCGCGAGGCCACAGCUGCAGCAGCAGCUAACCCCGUCACGCAGUGCCCUGUUAAGCCAAAUCUGCGCUGAUUUGGCCGUGGUGCUAAAGACAACAGAAGCCAUCCAGAUGUGGGAGGCGGCAGGCACCACUGUAGAAGCCGACCUGGACCGCCUGCUCUUCUGGUGGUAUACCACCACCACCACUACCACCAGCGGCACCAACACCAGCAGCAGCAUCACCAGCACUAGCAUGAGCACCAGCACCACCAGCACCAGCACCACCACCAGAAGCAUUAUCAGCGGGAAAUCAGCAGCCGCGCCACCAGCAUCGCACGCCUCUCUCCCCGCAGCCUACGUGGAGCGCAAGCAGCGGCGGCGGCAGGUGCUGUGGGCGGGGCACGAGGGCGCGGGGAGAGUGGUGCAGGCGGUGGGGCGGGUGCUGCAGCUGGAGGCGGGGAGGGAUGGCAGGGUGAUCAAAGAUCCUGUUGCUGCCAUUAAUGCUGCCGCUAACGCUGCUGCCAGCGCUGCUGCUGCUUCCAAUGCUGCGGCCAACGCUGCCGCUGGUGCUGCUGCCAAUGCUGCAGCCAACGCUGCUUCUUCUGCUGCUGCUGCUGCUGUUCCGGUGCCUCUGUUCCCCUCCGGCCUGCCAGCUGGUGGGCGGCCAGCUGCGGCUGUAUACGGGCCUCUGCUUAUGGACGUGGACAGGGCAGUUGCUGACGUGGCAGCCUCCUCAGUCCUGGUGCAGGCAGCACAGCAGGCAGAGAAGGCAGCUCGAGCGUCUCAGGUGGAAACAACAGAGAGGAGGCAGGAGGCUCAGGCGCUGGUGAAUAGGCACUCAGUCACACUGCAGCAACUAUCAGCCAAUCACAGCGCUGCUCUCUCCCAAGCACAUCAGGCAGCAGCUGCCCUCUCAUUGGCUGCUGCCAACCUCGCUCCCAUCCUCGCCCACUCCAUCCUGCCUCUCCUUCACGAGGUCUUAGCUGGGGCAUCUGCGCUGCACAGCUCUGCUCUUUCUGCGACAAUCACACCCGAUACAGUCACAUGUGCUGAGAGCGUCCAGACAGAGUGUCGCACUUUCAUUGGCCUUCUUGAAUCAGUCCAAGGAGCAACUUCCUCACUUUCCUCCUCUCACCCCCACCACCUGUCCUCUCUCCUCCACCUCUCCUCCCUCCACUGCCAAUGCUCCUCUCUCGUCCCAUCCGUCACUCGUCUCGCACACACCACCCUCUCCUCCCUGCACGCUCUCCGUCUCUCCGGGCGAGGACAGCUGGCAGCACUGGCAGAGUCACCACCAGCAGGGCUGGCGCCAGCAGGGAUGGUGGCAGCAGGGACGGUGGCAGCAGGGACGGUGGCAGCAGGGACGGUGCCAGCAGGGAUGGUGCCAGCAGGGAUGGUGCCAGCAGGGCUGGUGUCGGUGGAAGCACUCGCUGCUGCUGUGAGGGCUGUUUGCAAACGAGAGACCAAGGCCCGGCACCAUGCGGAGCAGGUGGUUUUCAAUUUGCAGCAGAAACUCAAUAAACGGGACCCGCUUCUAUUUUCUUCUGAGGAGAUGCUUUCGACUAAGAGGGUGGUCGGGAAGCUGAUGGUGGAGGCAUGUAGUUCUGAUAACCUCUGUGAGAUGUAUGAGGGUUGGAUGCCAUGGAUUUGAAGUCUUCAGCUGUUAUAUUAUCGUAAGGAUAUCUACAUUCGACUAAUUUUUGUUCCGAGUAAGCUUUUAUACAUCCGUUUUCUCA